AUGAGCUGCACCUGCUCAGGCACAGAGAUCGGCUCAAAACCGUUUCGAAAUGGCCAUGAAGUGCCAGAAGAUCACCUGCAAAGCACACGGAGCAGCAAGUCAGCAGAACAGGGAAUGGCAAAACCCGAAGCAAGAAAAUGGAACCAGACUCUUAAAUGGCCAUGGAGGGAACCAGGAGAAGGAUCAGCCUCUCCCAAGGCCAUGAAUUCUACCCAAAACGUGUGCCAGGUUGCGGUGAAUGAGGAAAUCAUCCAACUGGUGGUGUACAUCCCCACCUUUAUCCUCGGGGUGCCUUUCAACCUGAUCGCCCUUUUCUUCUUCUGGUUCAAGAUCAAAAGGAGAACCGAGUCAGUAAUAUAUAUGAGUAACCUGGCGCUGGCCGACAUCCUGCUGUUGCUCUCCCUGCCUUUCAAGAUGUAUUACUCGUCCUCCCGAAAGUGGCCCUUCCACAUGGCCUUUUGCUCCUUCGUAGAGUCCCUGUACUUCGUCAACAUGUACGGCAGCAUCUUCUUCAUCUCGGCCAUCAGUGUGGAUCGCUACCUAGCCAUCAUCCAUCCCCUCCGGGCCAGGGUGUACCGAUCUCCCAGGAACUCCGGGCUGGUCUGUCUCGCCAUCUGGAUGUUCAUCUGGCUGGGGAGCAUCCCCAUCUACAACUUCCACGACUCGCCGGGGUCCAACGGCUCCAUCAUCUGCUUUCAUAAGUUCUCGGACAAAUCGUGGAACUUCUGGCUGAUCGCCUACGUGGAGUUCUUUGGCUUCGUUACCCCGCUCGCCAUCGUGGUCUUCUGCUCGUUCAGCAUCAUUCGGAAACUUUUGCAGAAACAAAUCCCUGUGGCCAGAGAGCACCAGACUGUUGACUCCUGUGUCAGAAUUGUCACUGCCAAUCUGGUGGUUUUCAUAUUUUGCUUCGCACCUACCCACCUGGGGAUUUUGCUUCAGUUUCUGGUGAGGCGGGACAUCAUUGGAGAGCAUCUCUGUUCGACUCGGCAAAACAUCAGUCUGUUUAUCCAAACGGCUAUGUGCUUAGCCAACGUGAACUGUUGCCUGGAUGCAAUCUGCUACUAUUUCAUUGCCAAAGAAUUCCGGGACCAGGGCUUACGCACCAGGAAAUCCUUGCUUUCCGUAUUCACUCUCAAUGAAACGAGUGUUUAG